CCAAAACCCUAGUAAAAAUCUCAGGAAAAGAAGAUAUCAGAAUUGAAUCCAAUCCAGUUUUUCUCCGACGAUGGAAGCCAAUCAACAAUCCAAAGAGAAAGAAGAAACCGUUUUGCCUCUCCAAAUAGGCAACGGUAACCGGAAACCGGCGCCGAAACGUUUUGUUAAGAACCAUAUCCCGGAUACCAUCCUCAACGAUCCCGCCCUCAACGCCGCCAUCUCCCUCCUCCCCGCCAACUACAACUUCGAGGUCCACAAGUGCAUCUGGCGCCUCCGCUCCUCCAACGCCAAGCGCGUCGCCCUCCAGUUGCCCGAAGGCCUCCUCAUGUAUUCCCUCGUUCUCUCUGAUAUCCUCACAUCCUUCUCUGACGUCACUCACUGUUUUAUCCUCGGCGAUGUAACCUACGGUGCCUGCUGCGUCGACGACCUCUCCGCCACCGCGCUUGGAGCUGACCUCCUCAUUCAUUACGGUCAUAGCUGCUUAGUUCCCAUAGACUCCACUAAAAUCCCCUGCCUUUACGUCUUCGUCGAGAUCAAGAUUGAUGUCGACCAUCUCGUCAGCACUGUUCAUCACAAUCUCGCCUCUUCCAGUGAAUCUGUAGUUCUUGCCGGCACAAUUCAGUUCGCAUCCGCAAUCAGAGCUGCGAAGUCGGAACUGGAAAAACGUGGAUUUAGGGUUUUGAUUCCUCAGUCUAAGCCAUUAUCUGCCGGGGAAGUGCUUGGCUGUACCGCGCCCAAGGUUACCCCGGUGGUAAAUGCCAAUGAAUCCGUCCUGGUUUUUGUGGCGGAUGGGAGGUUUCAUUUGGAGGCAUUUAUGAUUGCAAAUCCAGGAAUUAGAGCAUUCAGAUACGAUCCUUAUUUGGGGAAAUUGUUUCUGGAGGAGUAUGAUCACAGGGGAAUGAGGGAAAACAGGAGAACGGCCAUAGAGAUGGCGAAAAGAGCUACAAGUUGGGGAAUUGUACUGGGGACAUUGGGGAGGCAGGGGAAUCCAAAGGUUUUAGAGAGAUUGGAGGGGAAAAUGAUGGAGAAGGGUUUUGAUUACACAGUCAUUUUGAUGUCAGAGAUCAGUCCCACUCGAGUUAAAUUGUUCGAGGAUUCUGUGGAUGCUUGGAUUCAGAUUGCCUGUCCAAGGCUUUCCAUUGAUUGGGGUGAUGCAUUUGAUAAACCUUUGUUGACAACAUUUGAGGCAGAGAUUGCCCUCGGGUUUAUCCCAGGAUGGUGGGAGAAAGAUUCGAGUUGUGGGAAGAAGGAUUCAUGUUGUGGGUGUAGGAAUGGGAAUGAGAAAUGUGGGGAAGAAGAAGAUUUGGGUGGGGACUACCCUAUGGAUUAUUAUGCUCAGGAUGGUGGGGAAUGGAAUUCCUCUUAUGCGAAGAAGCUGGCACGUCCUGUUCGGAGGAACCUUGCAUCUGCUGCCAGUAAUGGUGAUGCCACAUAACAUAUUGUGGCUAACAGGCACCAUAAUGGCAUACACAGAACAGAAUACCUCGUGUGGGGAAUUUUGCCCAUCCUGCUCUGAAAGUCUCCAUUUUCUGCUUGUGGUUGUGUUCUCUUGACAUUUUGUAAGUAUAAUUGAACUUGUAUUCGAAUUGUUAACUGAUUGCACAACAUAAGCCAUCAGAUAAGAGGCCCUCUAAAUGUAGAGGGGAGCCACUCAUUUCAUGUUCUCCAUGAUUUUCAGUUUUAUGUAGUUCAGACUGCAACAUUGGAUUCUAUUGUUAACCGCUGGCAGUUUUGAAUUAGAUUAUUCCCUUUUCUCCAUUUUUUUUAUUGUAACGGAAGUUGAACAAAAAUUGUAUAUUUUG